UGUAAUUUUCUAUCAUUCAGUGGAGCCUGCCUCAUCGCGCUGUGCAUGAGUGGUUAGUGGUCCAAACAACACUUAUUUGAAGACAAUUCUAACGCUCUGGUGACAUGAGGAUGCUUGGGAAAAUCGCGACAGUGGUGGCAAUGACGGUAAUGGUGAUGACUCUGAUGGUGGUACAGGAGACCAAUGCAGCGCGAAUCUUAAUGGCGGUGCCCAUUGGUACCAGGAGCCACGGGAACUUCUACAUGCCCCUCGCGGAGGAGCUCGCCCGGCGGAACCACACGGUGACCUACGUAACAGGGUACGAAAAGUCCAGCAGCCACCCAAACAUCAGAGUAGUGGUUGUGCCGGACGUUAAUAUAUUUGACAAAAUGCCAAACCUUUUCACUACGGACAGAUUCACUGCUAUAGGUGCAAUCUAUAACGACAUGAAGGAGGUGUGCAUCAAGGCCCUAUCCCACGAGGCAGUGCAGAGACUCAACGACGAGAAGUUUGAUCUAGUCAUCCUGUAUCUUGCUCUGACUGAAUGCUUCCUUUCAUUUGCGCAUAAACUGAAGGUUCCAUUCAUCUACGUCAACCCAAACAAGUUACUUGGAGCAUAUGCUGCCGCAGCAGGAUCGCCGCCCUUCCCGUCCUUGGACGCCAGCUACAUGCUUGAUCUGGAGUACCCUCUCACCUUCACGGGACGCAUGAUGAGCACUGCUCAAGACCUAUUGGAUGUGUUGUUCCACAACUGGGUAUUUAUUCCAAGUUUGGAUGAUGAGUGCCGCGCUCGCAAGCUGUGCCCUGAGGACAUGCCCUAUCUGGGAGAACUACGAUACAACGGCAGCCUUUUCAUAACUAACAGCGUGAGGACGAUGGAGAAACCAACCUUGCCCUACACGCCCACCUUGGUGCACGCCGGGGGAAUACACUGUCGACCCGCCAAACCUCUCCCUGAGGACCUGCAGCAGUGGAUCGCUGGAGCUGGGGAACCGGGAUUCAUAUUCUUCAGUCUGGGAACCUUAAUCAAGUCUUCGGAUUUGCCAGAUAAGUACCUGAAGGUGUUGGUAGAGGUGCUCGGGUCCCUACAGCAGAGGGUGCUGUGGAAGUGGGACAAGGAAACCAUGGAAAGCCUUCCACCCAACGUGCGGCUGGUCAAGUGGGUCCCGCAGCAGGAUAUUCUCGGCCACCCGCAGCUUCGCCUCUUCAUAACACACGGGGGUCUGUUCAGCACUCAGGAGGCCACCUACCACGGGGUGCCAAUUCUGGGCAUUCCAGUCGCCAUUGAUCAACACUACAACAUGCGGAAGGUGCAAAAAGAAGGCUGGGGACACGUCUUGUACUGGGAAGACCUUACCUAUGACAACUUGCGAGGACACAUCUUGCAGCUCAUGGAUGACAAAAGGAUACUGGAUGAAGUUCACCAGCGCUCUAGGUUGAUGCGAGACCAGCCAAUGUCACCAGCAGACUGGGCGACAUACUGGGUGGAAUACGUCCUGAAACACCAAGGAGCAUACCACCUGCGUUCUCCAGCUGUGUACAUUCCAUGGUACCAGCUGUACAAUGCGGACGUGUGGGCGCUAUUGGUUGUGACGACGAUGUUAACCACAAGCCUGAUGUCUUGGCUGUCCUUUAGGAUUCUUCGAGCGCUGAUUCGCUGGUGCUGCGCUUCAAGGAAGACGAAGAAGGAAUGAACCCAAUCGUGUUCCGUUUCGCUAUAAGAUUUUCUGCCUCAUAGAAAAGUACAUGGAGAAAUAUGAUUCAUACGACUUACAAGAGAUAGAGAGAUAGAUAGAUAGAUAGAUAGAUAGAGAGAGAGAGAGAGAGAGAGAGAGAGAGAGAGAGAGAGAGAGAGAGAGAGAGAGAGAGAGAGAGAGAGAGAGAGAGAAAGAGAGAGGAAGUUAAUGAUUAUUGUGAUAGUGUUCUGAGUAAUUUUGUUUGUAAAGGAGAAAAAAAAUAGAAUAGAUGAGGAUGAUGGUAGUGAAUGUUAAAGAAAAUCAUGUGGUGUAGAGAUAAAAGGAUUACAUAAAAAAAAAAAAUACACACCCAUCCACCCACCCACGCGCACGCGCACACACACACACACACACACACACACACACACACACACACACACAGUGAAUUGUCCGCUGACGCUAAUGUGUGUUGGAAAAAAAAAUUUUUAACGAAAAACUACUUGUAUGCUUUGGUUCCCUCAUUCCUCGUUAAACACGUUUUCUUUAAUAGGUAUAACCAUUAAAAAUUUCUAUUUACUUUUCAGUAUACUCGUAUAUCAUGGUAUGGAGGUACGUGUCCACAUUGUAAGUGGAGAACGUUACUGACACGUAGAAAAUAUAACUGUACUUAGCUCCUACGGUUUCGCUAAAAUAAAAAUGGAUUCAACGG